AAACGGGCGUCUUGCGUUUGCGUUCAGGGCGAGCUUCGUCCUGAGCAAGCCUCUGAAGAUGAACAUGGUGAAGAGGAUCAUGGGGCGGCCGCGUCAGGAGGAGUGCAGCCCCCAGGACAACGCCCUGGGCCUGAUGCACCUGCGCCGCCUCUUCUCCGAACUCUGCCAUCCUCCCCGGCACAUGACCCAGAAGGAGCAAGAGGAGAAGCUCUACAUGAUGUUGCCCGUCUUCAACAGGGUGUUCGGCAACGCGGCGCCCAGCAGCAUGAUGGAGAAGUUCUCGGACCUGCUGCAGUUCACCACGCAGGUGUCCCGUCUUAUGGUGACCGAGAUCAGACGCAGGGCCUCCAACAAAUCCACCGAGGCGGCCAGCCGUGCCAUCGUUCAAUUCCUGGAGGUGAACCAGGGGGAGCGCUCACCCACGUGUUGGUUUUCCUUUCAGAAAACGGUGGACUGCAUGACGACCAUGUCUGUGCCGUCCACCCUGGUCAAAUGUCUCUACCUGUUCUUCGACCUCCCGCACAUGGCGGAGGCCCCCGUGGGCCCGGCCACGCCCCCGCCCCCGCCCACCUCCCCGCCGCCCUCCCAAGACAAGACGGUGGGCCCGGGCCACCCCCCUACGGAGCUGCCGCUGGCCGACCGCAGGGCGCUGCUGCAGAAAGUCUUUGUCCAGAUCCUGGUGAAAUUAUGCACCUUUGUAUCUCCGGCGGAGGAGUUGGCCCAGAAGGAUGACCUGCACCUGCUGUUCAGCGCCAUCACGUCCUGGUGCCCGCCCCACAACCUGCCCUGGAGGAGGAGCGCCGGAGACGUGCUCACCACCAUCUCGCGACACGGACUCAGCGUCAACGUGGUCAAAUACAUACAUGAGAAGAAAUGCCUGUCCACCUGCGUGCAAAACAUGCAACAGUCUGACGAUCUCUCCCCGCUGGAGAUCGUGGAGAUGUUUGCCGGCCUGUCCUGCUUCCUCAAGGACUCCAGCGACGUGUCGCAGACGCUGCUGGACGACUUCCGCAUGUGCCAGGGUUACAACUUCCUGUGCAACCUCAUGCUCAGGCUGGAGCAGGCCAAGGAGGACGAGUCCAGGGACGCCCUGAAGGAUCUGGUCAACCUGGUGACGUGUCUGACCACCUACGGCGUGACGGAGCUCAAACCCGCCGGCCUGACCACCGGAGCGCCCUUCUUGCUGCCGGGAUUCGUCCUCCCGCAGCCUUCUGGAAAAGGCCAAACGGUGCGCAACAUCCAGGCCUUCUCGGUGCUGCAAAACGCCUUCCUGCAAGCCAAGAGCGGGCGUCUGGCCUGCGCGCUGCUGGACGCGGUGGGCAGCGUCUACGCCGCCGACCCGGCCAACUACUUCAUCCUGGAGUCGCAGCACACGCUGUCGCAGUUCGCCGAGCGCGUGGCCCGCCUGCCCGAGGAGGCGCAGGCCAAAUACUUCCAGCUGCUGGACUUUGUGGUCUUCAGCCUCAACUACGUGCCGUGCAAGGAGCUGUUCAGCGUCAGCGUGCUGCUCAAGGCCAGCGCCUCGCACGCCUGCAGCGUGACGGCCGUGCGCGCCCUCCUGAGGAUGGCCCGCCACGACCCCGUCUUCGCCGACGUGCUGAGGGAGGUGGGCCUGCUGGAGGUGCUGGUCAACCUGCUGCACAAGUACGCCGCCCUCCUCAAGGAACCCGCCGCCCAGCACCAGCAGCAGCACCACAACGACCAGGCCGAGUGUAAGAACAACUCGGUGGCCGAAGAACAGAAACAGCUGGCCUGGCUGGUCAUGGAGACGCUCACCGUGUUACUGCAGGGUUCACACACCAUGAACACCAACGCAGCCUUGUUCAGGGAGUUUGGGGGCGCGCGGUGCGUGCACAACAUCGUGAAGUACCGGCAGUGUCGCGAGCACGCGCUGCUCAUCAUCCAGCAGCUGGUGCUGUCGCCCAGCGGCGACGACGACAUGGGAACGCUGCUGGGACUCAUGCACUCGGCGCCGCCCGCCGAACUGCAGCUCAAGGCCGACAUACUCAGGGCCCUGCUGUCGGUGCUGCGCGAGAGCCACCGCACGCGAACGGUCUUCCGCAAGGUGGGCGGCUUCGUGUACGUGACGUCGCUGUUGGUGGCCAUGGAGCGCUCCCUGUGUCCGGCCCAAGCGCCGCGCCCCGCCUGGCACGUCGCCAACCACCAGAACCAGAGCCAGUCCCCCAUCCGGAACCAGAACCAAGUGUUCGAGCUACUGCACACCGUCUUCUGCACGCUCACCGCCGCCAUGCGUUACGAGCCCGCCAACUCGCACUUCUUCCGCACCGAGAUCCAGUACGAGAAGCUGGCCGACGCCGUCAGGCUGCUGGGCUGUUUCUCCGACAACAAGAAGCUGGGCCCCACCGCCGUCUUCCCGUCCAACUCGGAGCCCUUCCAGAGGCUUCUGGAGGAGGAGGCCGCCCCCGGUGGCGACAGCGUGUGUCCCACCCUCAGACACUGCGCCAAGCUCUUCAUCUUCCUGUACAAAAUGGCCACAGACUCCUUUGACAGUCGCGCCGAACACGUUCCCCCGUGCCUGACUCACGAGACCUCGCUGCCCUCGCCCUGGGGCACGCCCGCUCUCGCCCGCAAGAGGCACGGCUACCACGGUUCGUCGGGCCCCCCGGCACCGGUCAAGCUUCUGACAGAGCUGAAACUGCACGCCUCCAACCCCGUCCAUACGGCCCCCUCCUCCUCAUCCUCGGGGGGCGACAUGGUGGUCAUCCACCCGGGUGCCGUGCUGGCCAUGGUGGACCUGCUGCCCUCUGUCUGCUCCGAAAGCCAGCCUGAGCACGCGUUGGACCUCCAGCUGGCGGUGGCCAACAUCCUUCAGCUGCUGGUGAACAGCGAGCGCAACCAGCAGGUGCUAUGCGAGGCGUCUCUGCCCCAGCGCCUGCUGCAGCGCUGCAGCCAGGCGCUGGGCGACGAGGACCACCCGCUGCACCCGCCGCUGCAGCGCAUGUUCGAGAGGUUGGCCUCGCAGGCGCUGCAGCCCCUAGCGCUCAGGGAGUUCCUGCGUCUGGGCAACCCGCUCAACUGCGGCGCCUGGGACAAGAAGCUGCUCAAGCAGUACCGCGUACACAAGCCCAGCUCGCUCAGCUACGACGGCGACGCGCGAGGCAGCAUGACGACGUCGAUGGAGGGCUUCGGCGCCGACAGCGUGUUCGCCACGCCGGCCGAGGACGGCGACCAGUACCGCAUCAGCCGCAGCCUGGUGCGCUCGGCCGAGGCCAGCGCCGUGCCGCUCACCCGCGUCAAGUGUCUCGUCUCCAUGACAACGCCGCACGACAUCCGCCUGCACGGCUCCGCCGACACACCCGCUUACGUCGAGUUCGACGCCUCGCUCGAGGGAUUCGGGUGUUUGUUCCUGCCCAGCCUGGCUCCCCACAACGCGCCCGGCAACAACAGCAACUCGUCAUGCGUCGGCGACGGCGACGUCAUCAGCGGCAUGGGGACAGGAGAGCGGCUGUUCCCCCCUCCGUCGGGCCUGAGCUACUCCAGCUGGUUCUGCGUGGAGCGCUUCAGCGCACCGCCGCAGAACCACCCGGUGCGCCUGCUGACGGUGGUGCGCCGGGCCACGUCGUCGGAGCAGCACUACGUGUGCCUGGCCGUGGUGCUGUCGGCCAAAGAUCGCUCGCUCACCGUCUCCACCAAGGAGGAGCUGCUGCAGACCUACUCGGACGAGUCGAGCGAAGAAGCGUCUUUCUACGAGAUCCUUCCCUGCUGCGCCCGCUUCCGCUGCGGUGAGCUGAUCGACGAGGGCCAGUGGCACCACCUGGUGUUGGUCAUGAGCAAGGGCAUGCUGAAGAACAGCAUGGCUUCGCUCUACCUGGACGGGCAGCUCGUCAACACUGUCAAGCUCCACUACGUGCACAGCGUGCCGGGGGGCUCGGGCUCGGCCAACCCCCCCGUGUCCAGCACCGUUUACGGCUACGUGGGCACGCCGCCCGCCCAGCGCCAGCUGUCGGGCCUGGUGUGGCGUCUUGGGCCGUGCCACUUCCUGGAGGAGGCGCUGCCCGCCGCCAGCGCGGCCGCCAUCUUUGAGUUGGGCCCCACCAACGUGGGCAGCCUGCAAGCCGUCUACCUGCCCUGUAAGGAGUCCAAGGCGGAGGUGGCGCCGCCCGCCCCGGUGGCACUGGUGCCCGAGGAGAAGGUGUCAUUCAGCCUAUUCGCCGUCUCUGUUUCCACGCUGACCGUGGCCAAGAUCAGGAAGGUCUACAACAAGCUGGAUAGCAAGGCCAUCGCGAAGCAGCUGGCCGUGUCCUCACACGAAAACGCCACGCCGGUCAAGCUGAUCCACAACGCGGCCGGCCACCUCAACGGACCCGCCCGCACCAUCGGCGCCGCUGUCAUUGGCUAUUUGGGGGUGCGCGCCUUCUCGCCCAAGCCGGUCGCCACCAACCUGCAGUAUGUGGGCGGGGCGGCAGCCAUCUUGGGUCUGGUCGCCAUGGCGUCGGACGUGGAGGGUCUGUACGCCGCCGUCAAGGCGCUGGUCUGCGUGGUCAAGAGCAACCCGCUGGCCAGCAAGGAGAUGGAGCGCAUCAAGGGAUACCAGCUACUGGCCAUGCUGCUAAAGAAGAAGCGUUCGCUGCUCAACAGCCACAUCCUGCACCUCACCUUCUCCCUGGUGGGCACGGUGGACAGCGGGCACGAGACCUCCAUCAUUCCCAACUCCACCGCCUUCCAGGACCUCCUCUGCGACUUUGAGGUCUGGCUGCACGCCCCUUACGAGCUUCACCUUUCUCUCUUUGAGCAUUUCAUCGAGCUUCUGACCGAGUCCAGCGAGGCAGCCAAGAACGCCAGGCUGCUGCGCGAGUUCCAGCUGGUGCCCAGGCUGCUGCUGACGCUGCGCGACGCGUCGCUGUCGCAGCCCACCGUGGCCGCCAUCAGCAACGUGCUCAGCCUGCUGCUGCAGGGAUUCCCCAACCCCUACGACCUGCUCAGGUUCGGUCAGUUCCUCUCGUCCACACUGCCCACGUUCGCCGUGUGCGAGAAGUUUGUGGUGAUGGAGAUCAGCAACGAGGAGAAGACGGACGCGGGUGCCGAGGACGAUUUUGGCGGCCUGCUUUCGGCCAACCUCAUCCUGCUGCGCAACAGGCUGCUGGACAACCUGCUCAGGCUGCUCUUCACGACCAAGGACAAGACGGCCGUCAACGCGCACCCCUCGGCGGCGUUUCCAGGCUUCAACGUGGGUCGCAGCGCCGGCGGCCGCUCCACCGUGCGGGAGAUCAACCGCGACGCGUGCCACUUCCCGGGCUUCCCGGUGCUGCAGACGCUGCUGCCCAAGCACACCAACGUACCCGAGCUCUACUUCCUGCUGAUGGCGCUCUUCCUGCAGCAGCCCGUCACCGAGCUGCCGGACAGCCUGCAGGUACAUUUUGACCUGGAUUCCAUGUGGACGUUCAUCUUCGGCGUGCCGGCGUCCAGCGCCACCGUGGUGGGCUCCAUCCACAGCGUCUGCACCGAGGCCGCUUUCCUGCUGCUCGCCAUGCUGCGCAGCAUGCUCAACCUGCCGUGGCAGUCAGAGGAGGAGGGCUCGUGGCUCCGAGAGUACCCGGUGACGCUGAUGCAGUUCUUCCGCUACCUGUACCACAACGUCCCCGACUUGGCCCCCAUGUGGCACAGUCCCGACUUUCUGUGCGCCCUGGCCGCCGCCGUCUUCCCCUUCAACAUGAGGCCGUACUCCGAGAUGGUGAGCGACUUGGACGACGAGGCGGGCUCGCCCAUCGAGGAGCUGAAGGCCUUCGGCUCGGACUCGGGCAUGAACCGCAGCCAGUCCGAGUACUGCAACGUUGGCUCCAAGACGUCGCUCACCAACCACCCGGCCAAGAAGUACGUCUUUGACUUCAUGAGGGCGCUCAUCAUGGACAACAUGUGCGUCACGCCCGCCACCAAGCAGACGCCCGUCAUCGACCUGCUGCUCGAGGCAUCUCCGGAACGUUCCACCAGAACUCAGCAGAAGGAGUUCCAGUCCAACAUCCUGGAUGGCGUCAUGGAGCACCUGCUGGCCGCUGAUGUUUUGCUGGGCGAGGAUUCGUCCCUCCCCCUGAGCAGCGGCGGCAGCUACCAGAUCCUGGUGCACAACGUCUUCUACUUCUGCCAGCGCGUGGUGGACAAGCUGUGGCAGGGCAUGUUCAACAAAGACUCCAAGCUGGUGGUGGACUUCAUCGUGCAGCUCAUCGGACAGUCCAAGAGGCGAUCUCAGGGUCUGUCCCUGGACGCGGUAUACCACUGCCUAAACCGCACGGUGCUCUACCAGCUGUGCCGGCCGCACAAGACGGUGGCGCAGCAGGUGGCGCUGUUGGACGCCUUGCGGGUUCUCACCGUCAACCGCAACCUGGUGCUCGGCCCCGGCAACCACGACCAGGACUUUGUGGCCUGCCUGGCGCACUGCUUCAUCUGCCUGCACGCCGGCAGCAGCGUGGAGGGCUUUGGCCUGGAGGCGGAAGCCCGUAUGACCACGUGGCAUGUCAUGAUGUCACCUGAAAAUGGGCGGCAGCUUUGGCUGAAGGCGGUGAACCGCGUGUGGACGGAGCUGAUGCACAGCAAGCGUCAGAUGCUGGAGGACAUCUUCAAGGUGUCGCUGCCCUGCAACGACCGCGGCCAUGUGGACAUCGCCACGGCCCGGCCCGCCCUGGAGGAGCCCGCGCUCAAGAGCUGGCAGAACCACCUGGUCCACGAGAAGAAGUGCAUCAGCCGCGGCGAGGCGGCCGCGCCGGCCGUGGCCACCCAGUCCAAAUUGUCGCGGGUCAGCAGCGGUUUCGGCCUGUCCAAGCUGACGGGCGUGCGCCGCCACAAGAAGGAGAACAACCUGAACAAGAACAGCCCCUCGGCACAGGAAGCUUUCCAAUGGAUGUUCACGCACAUCGCCGUGGUGAGAGACCUGGUGGCCAUGCAGUACAAAGAGCACCAAGAGCGGCAGCAGAACGCGCUCAAGUACGUCACGGAGGAGUGGGCGUCCAUUGAGUACGAGCUUCUUCGCGAGCGAGGCCUGUGGGGGCCGCCCAUCGGCUCACACCUGGACAAGUUCAUGUUGGAGAUGACCGAGGGGCCGUGCCGCAUGCGCAAGAAGAUGGUGCGCAAUGACAUGUUCUACAUCCACUACCCUUACAUCCCCGAGACGGAAAACAACACCAACUCGGCACAGAAGCCGGUUCGCUACCGUCGCGCCAUCAGCGCCGACAGCAAAGAGUACUACAUGCGCCUUUUGUCGGGCAACCCGGGGAUGUACCAACACUCUGUGGAGCACAGCAGCGAGGGCGAGACCACCCGACACGAACCCGAGCAUGGAGAGGACACCAUUGCAAGGGUCAAAGGUCUGGUGAAAGCGCCGCUGAAACGCUCACGAUCAACCGCGGACGGCGGCGACGAGGAUGCUCAAGAUCAGAUCCAGGAUCAGCCACCGGAGUUGGGCGGACCUGAGGAGGAGCAGCAGCAGCGGACUGACAAUACCGCUCUGCUGCGACUGCUGGAGGAGGGGGAGAAGAUCCAGCACAUGUACCGCUGUGCCCGGGUUCAGGGUCUGGACACCAGCGAGGGUUUGCUGCUCUUUGGAAAAGAACACUUCUACGUCAUUGACGGCUACACUAUGACCGUGUCCAGAGAGAUCAGGGACAUCGACACGCUGCCGCCCAACUUGCAUGAGGCCAUCAUCCCCAGGGGUGCGCGCCAGGGUCAGAGUCAGCUAAAGCGCACGUGCAGCAUCUUUGCCUACGAGGACAUCAAGGAGGUGCACAAGCGACGCUACCUGCUCCAGCCAAUGGCGGUGGAGGUGUUCUCCGCUGAUGGGAGGAACUACCUACUGGCUUUCCAGAAGGGGGUGCGAAACAAAGUCUAUCAAAGGUUCCUGGCAGUGGUGCCGUCGCUGGCCGACAGCUCUGAGUCAGUAUCAGGACAGAGGCCAAACACCAGCGUGGAGCAAGGGUCUGGUCUCCUCAGUACUUUGGUGGGUGAGAAGUCAGUGACUCAGCGUUGGGAGCGAGGGGAGAUCAGUAACUUCCAGUACCUGAUGCACCUCAACACGCUGGCGGGACGCUCCUACAACGACUUGAUGCAGUACCCGGUCUUCCCCUGGAUCCUGGCCGACUUUGACUCCGAGGAGCUGGACUUGAACAACCCCAAGACCUUCCGCAAUCUCGCCAAGCCCAUGGGGGCACAGACGGACGACAGGCUGACGCAGUACAAGAAACGCUACAAGGACUGGGAGGACCCCAAUGGCGAAACCCCCGCUUAUCACUAUGGCACACAUUAUUCGUCCGCCAUGAUCGUGGCCUCCUACCUGGUGCGCAUGGAGCCUUUCACGCAGAUUUUCCUUCGACUACAGGGAGGCCAUUUUGACCUGGCCGACAGGAUGUUCCACAGCGUGCGCGAGGCCUGGCUGUCCGCCGCCAAGCAUAACAUGGCCGACGUCAAGGAGCUCAUUCCCGAGUUCUUCUACCUGCCAGAAUUUCUGCUCAACUCCAACAACUUUGAUCUGGGCGCCAAGCAGAAUGGCACCAAGCUGGGUGACGUCAUCCUGCCUCCGUGGGCCAAGGGCGACCCCCGGGAGUUCAUCCGGGUGCACAGAGAGGCGCUGGAAUGCGAGUAUGUGUCGGCGCACCUCCACGAGUGGAUUGACCUGAUCUUUGGUUACAAGCAGCAAGGUCCUCCUGCCGUGGAGGCCGUCAACGUUUUCCACCAUCUCUUCUACGAGGGCCAAGUUGACAUCUACAACAUCAACGACCCUCUCAAGGAGACCGCCACCAUCGGCUUCAUCAACAACUUUGGGCAGAUCCCAAAGCAGCUCUUUAAGAAGCCCCACCCACCUAAACGGGUGCGCAGCAAAGCCAACGGCGACCCCAUCAACAUACCGCCGAGCUCCACCGGCGAGAAGAUCUUCUUUUACCACCUAGACAACCUCAGACCCUCGCUGGCCCCCGUCAAAGAGCUGAAGGAGCCGGUGGGUCAGAUCGUGUGCACCGACAAAGGCAUCCUGGCCGUGGAGCAGAACAAAGUGCUGACUCCGCCCACGUGGAACAAGACUUUCGCGUGGGGCUACGCCGACCUCAGCUGCCGCCUGGCCAACUACGAGUCCGAUAAGGCGCUGGUGGUGUACGAGUGCUUGUCCGAGUGGGGUCAGAUCUUGUGUGCCAUCUGCCCCAACCCCAAACUGGUGAUCACGGGCGGUACCAGCACGUCCAUCUGCGUUUGGGAGACAGGCACGUCCAAAGAGCGAGCCAAGACGCUCACGCUCAAGCAGGCGCUGCUUGGCCACACGGACGCCGUCACGUGUCUGACGGCUUCGUCCGCGUACCACAUCGUGGUGAGCGGUUCUCGGGACAGAACCUGCAUCGUGUGGGACCUCAACAAGCUUUCCUUCAUCACGCAGCUACGAGGACACCGCGCUCCCGUCGCCGCGCUUUGCAUCAACGAACUCACGGGUGACAUUGUGUCGUGCGCGGGCACGUACAUCCACGUGUGGAGCAUCAAUGGCAGCCCCAUCGCUAGCGCCAACACCUUCACAGGACGCAGCCAGAACAUCGCGUGCUGCUGCGUAUCCGAGAUGAACGAGUGGGACACGCACAACGUCAUCGUCACGGGACACUCGGACGGUGUCGUCAGGUUCUGGAGGAUGGAGUUCCUCCAAGUGCCAGAGACACCCGCUCCCGAACCUGUCGAACCCGAUGUUCCAGACUGCUGCGGAGACGACAAACUCGAGGGCGGUGAUGAGGACAGCAGCGAAUCAGACGGAGAAGAUGGAGGCGGAACAGCAAAUAGUCUGAGCCAGGAACAUAAAGCAGAACGCAACCCGUCUAGUCAGCCGGGCAGCCAACCAAGCAGCACCGUGCACAGACCUCGAGGUCCAUCCACACGAGGCGGUGCGUCAUGGUCGAUGGACAGCGGCUCGGACGACUCCCACCGCUGGUCCGACAGCCUGAGCAUCGACGAGAAGGACGGCUUCGUGUUUGUCAAUUACUCGGAAGGCCAACACAAGGGUGCGCACCCCCACCAUGUAAACCCCCACGGUCUUAGUAGCACCAGCAAUCAGCUGUUGAACCCGCCUGCUGUGGAGGCGCGUGCCUUCAACCAGCUCAGGGCAGGCUACAGGUGGGAGCGACAGCUGGUCUUCCGCAGCAAACUCACCAUGCACACGGCGUUUGACCGCAAGGACAACGCGCACCCCGCCGAGAUCAGCGCACUCGCCAUCUCCAAGGACCACAGCAAGAUACUGGUGGGCGACGGGCGCGGUCGCGUCUUCAGCUGGUCGGUGAGCGACCAGCCGGGGCGCUCGGCCGCUGACCACUGGGUGAAGGACGAGGUGGUGGACAGCUGCUCGGGGUGCGCCGUGCGAUUCUCCCUCACCGAGAGACGCCAUCACUGCCGCAAUUGCGGACAGCUGUUUUGUCAGAAGUGCAGUCGCUUCCAGUCGGAGAUCAAGCGGCUGAAGAUCUCGUCCCCAGUGCGCGUGUGCCAGAACUGUUACUGCAACCUCCAGCACGAGCGCACGGCCGCCGGCGACGAGCACAAGAACUGAGCGCGCCCCCGACCCCCAAUCACCAUCCUCAUCAUCCUCCUCCUCAAGGUGUCUAUAGUGUACAUACAUGUAUCCACGGCCUUUUGAACAACAAAAAAAAAAAAAACAAGGUCAAAUGUAACAUAGCAGCGAGCAGGUGGACGUCAAAGAGAUUUGAAUGUCACUCAUGAAUAAUAAUGUCACUCGUUAUGCAAAAAUUGUGUCCACCAUUUUUAUUUUCUUUUUUUUUUUUUUUUUUUUCAAAAAUUGUUGAGUUGCUGCUUCCUGAAAAGACUGGACGGACAUGUUGGAGUCUCAUAUCUUAUCUCUUGAAAUAACUUUAAUAUUAAUCAUGUCUGGUCAGUCUUGAGUUAAUGUACAGGAUUUUCUACCAAAAGGGAUUUUUUCUUCUUCGAUGUGUGUUUGUUUUUUUUCUUGUUUGUUUUCUUUUAUUUUUAAUAUAAAAAUAUAAUUUGUUGACUGGGCCCAUGGGCAGGAUUCUCAUUGCCAUCAUCAUCAUCAUCAUUGUCUUGUCAUGGUUCAAAACAAACAUGUUGUUUAGGUUGCAAACAGCAGGAAUGUCCACACAUUUAAACACGUCAUUCAUUAGGUUUUAUCAUUUUAAUCUUUUUUUUUUUUUUUCGCGGGGGGUUGCAUGCUUGGAACCUGGUUGCCGCCAACUGUGAGUGCCAAAAAUCAAUGAAAGAUUCCAUCCAUCCAUCCAUUUUCAACAGCAUUUAUCCUGAAGAGGGUCGCAGGGCGGGCUUCACCCUAAACUGGUCGCCAGCCAGCCGUAGGGGAACAUAGCGAGAUGAACCACCAUUCACAUCCACAUCCGCGCCGUCGCCAAGCGGGUGUGCGAUCCCGCUGCACGCACACGAGUCAGGCCAGUGAACCACGACACUAUCAGUGACUAGAAUGACACAAAAUGACAGUGAGAACAAAACAUCCGUACCGUACAAGAAUAAAGUAUGAGCGAAAAAAUUGAUCAAUUCCCCCCCCCCCCAAAAAAAAACAAAAGUUUGGAUUUUAGCAGUUAGAAACUCAGAUUGUUCUUUCGAAGAUAAGAUUAGAAAACCUUUAUUCAUCUCACAAUGGAGAAAUUCCCAAUUAUCUUUCUUCAUCUUACAACGAAUCAUGUCACGAGUCUUUUUUUUUCUCAAAAUGUCUUCUAUUUGUAUUCACAUUUUUUUUCUUGAAAAAUAACUCUUGGAAAAAUUAAGCUUCUACGUUUGUUGAAAAAUGUGGCUUUGAUCUCAUCAUGACAUGCCGAUUUUGAUCCAAGAAAAAUAGAAUUCAUCUUGGAAUGUUACAAUUCUAUUCUAGGCAAAUUUUAAUCUUGUAAUAUCACAACUUUUUUUCCUCUGAAAAAUCUGACUGUAAUCUCAUACUAUUCAAAUGUUUUGGAAAAAAAAUUCAAGGUGUCGCCAGAUCACAGUGCACACUUGAGUCUCUUUUUAAAUCGUGUUUCUCAGCACAAGAAGCAGAUUGAUGGUUUCACCCCAUCCAACACAAGAUGCGGUGGUCACCUCAUAGUUUUGAUUGGCAAGACCAAAUGACCAGGUUCACGAACACGGUGGCGGUGGCCAUUUUUGAUGAUGUCAUAGCAUUAGGCGUCCUUGUCAAUCAGCAGUGUACAAAAUCUUAGUUUUUUUUUUUUUUGUUGUUGACUUUUUUGUUUUUAUAUGAAAUAUUUGCGCAGUCCCUGAUGACAUUUCACUGUACAAAGUAUUUAUGCAAUGACUGUUUUUUUUUUGUUUUUGUUUUUUUUAAAGAAAGAUUGUUGCAUGAACAUGGCGGACUGACUUGGAGCGUCAGUACCACGACAACGAGACUUUCUUCUUCCUGUCCCCAUUAUUGUCGUCUGUUAUUUUGUGUGUGUGUGUGUGUGUGUGUGUGUGUGUGUGUGUGUGUGUGUGUGUGUGUGUGUGUGUGUGUCACAGUUUUGCAAGGAAAAGACACUUUUUGGUGGGCUGGGCCCGACACUUGACACUCACAAGGACUUACCCCCUGGCCUGCUGGAAAACGGAAAAAAAAAAAAAGACGGUAGCGUGCGGCUUGUGGGGCUUCUGCUAUUCGAACACUUUGCGAGUAUCUGCUGUGCAAUCCGUGCUACAUGAAUGUUUCUUCUUGUGUGUUUGUGUUCACACACCACAAAUCAUGUAAAAACAACAACAAAAAAGAACAAAUCUUACUCCCUUGUCAUCAUGGAAACAAGAUGUUACAAUAAUGCAAUAGAGCUGAUACUUAUUCUUUAGCCUUUCAAUAAAUAAUUGCUGUUUACCACCAAA